AUGUGUUACACGGGUGUACAGUCUCAAAUUCGUGUUCGCACAGUCCGAUCCCAAGCCCUCACAUCGCUGAUCGGGAUCACCGAGUCAGUGCGCGCAAUGGUAUCUGACUUCGAGUCAACGAUCCAGAAGAACUCGUACUCCAAGUCGCUCGCCCGCGGCGGCGGGGUUCACCCACUGACGCUCGACGCGAUGAACUACCUCUCGAUGCUCGCCGAUUACAGCAACGUCCUCGAAGAUAUUUUCGCCGAGUGCCCUCCGCCGCAGAGAUCGUCGCUGCCGGAAUCUUACUUCGAUAUUCCACAGUCCGAUGACUCUCAGGCACCGGCGAUUUCCAUGCGCAUGGCUUGGCUAAUCCUCGUGCUUCUGUGUAAGCUUGACCGCAACGCCGAGCAUUACAAAGACGUAUCGCUCUCAUACAUAUUCCUAACCAACAAUCUUCAACACGUGGUCUCCAAGGUCCGUACGUCGAACCUUCAGUACCUUCUCGGAGAGGAAUGGAUCACGAGGCACGAAGCGAAAGCGAGACAGUUCGCCACGAAUUACGAGAGGUUGGCGUGGGGCAAGGUAGUGGCGUCACUGCCGCAGAAUCCGUCGGCCGUGAUUUCGCCGGCGGAAGCGAAGGAGAUAUUCAGAAAAUUUAAUUUGAGUUUCGAGGAAGCGUGUCGGAAGCAGAGUUCAGUCAUCGUAUCGGACCCAAAACUCCGAGACGAAAUCAAGGUGUCCAUAGCGAGAAAGGUUGUGACGGUUUACAGGGAAUUUUACGAGAAGCAUAGGCCUACCGUUGGAGGAGAGAGGAACGUGGGGUUAUAUGUCAGAUUUGCCCCUGAAGAUGUGGGGAAUCACCUAUCGGAUUUGUUCUUUGGGACGACGGACUCAGUAAGUAGCCCUUCCUCUUCGUCGUCCUCGACUCAUCGGCGGCGUUUGCGGUUCAAAGCGUAGAAACUUACAUGGCGAUUUUUUUGUUUUUCCGCCAUUUUUCUCCCGAUGAUUUGGAGAUGUAUAUGUCAUUAGGGAAGUCUUCGUUGUAUAGGUAGGUAAAGUUGUUUCGUGUAAUUGAAAAAGUAAAAAAUAUACGCCAGUGAUUUUGAAUUUGUAGA